GCGUUUGCAGAAUUAAUUUGAUUGGUUUUCAUUAAACUUGUUUAUUCUCACAAUGGAAGGCUUCGACGAUGCUGGUGUGUUUUUCUCAGACAAUUUUGGGAACGAUCAUAACCCAGACGGAGCCCAAAUUAAUUUACAAGCUGUGAAAAAGAAAUAUAAAGAAUUCAUUCGUACAUUCAACGAAGAUAAUUUUUAUUACAAAUAUCGAGAUAAUUUAAAGCGAAACUAUCUAAAUGGACGCUACUUUUUGGAAAUUGAAAUGGAGGAUGUGGUGGGCUUCGAUGAGACGCUUGCCGACAAAUUGAACAAGCAGCCAACUGAACAUUUGCAGAUCUUCGAAGAAGCUGCACGUGAGGUAGCUGAUGAAAUAACAGCACCUCGACCCGAACAUGAAGAGCAAAUGCAUGACAUUCAAAUACUGUUGAUGUCUAGUGCCCAUCCGACAAAUAUUCGUGAAUUAAAGUCAGACAGCGUAUCACGUUUGGUCAAAAUCGCUGGCAUAAUUGUUGCAGCCUCCGGCAUUCAGGCAAAGGCAACCCGGAUGUCGAUUAUGUGUCGGUCGUGCAGUACCGUAAUUCCAAACUUAAAAGUGAAUCCAGGACUUGAAGGUUAUGCACUGCCACGCAAAUGCACUACCGAACAGGCUGGCAGGCCGAAGUGUCCAUUGGAUCCCUUCUUUAUAAUGCCAGACAAAUGUAAGUGCGUUGAUUUUCAAACGCUUAAACUGCAAGAGCUGCCAGAUUUUGUGCCACAAGGCGAAAUUCCACGUCAUUUGCAAUUGUUUUGCGAUCGCUCACUAUGCGAACGAGUCGUGCCUGGCAAUCGAGUGCUUAUACAGGGUAUUUAUUCCAUACGUAAGGUUGGAAAGCCGUCGCGUCAGGAUGGUCGUGAAAAGGCUGUGCUCGGAGUUCGUGCUCCAUACAUGCGCGUAGUCGGCAUAACUGUCGAUGCUGAGGGAGCUGGUGCAGUGUCUCGUUAUACUAACAUAACUACUGAAGAAGAAGAAAACUUCCGACGCUUUGCUGUUUCGCCAGAUAUAUAUGAUCGCCUGUCGAAAUCUUUGGCCCCUAGCAUUUUUGGUUCCAGUGACAUUAAGAAGGCCAUUACGUGCAUGCUCUUUGGUGGAUCGCGAAAACGUCUUCCGGACGGUCUUUGCCGCCGUGGCGAUAUAAAUGUAUUACUCUUGGGAGAUCCGGGCACUGCCAAGUCUCAGCUCCUGAAAUUCGUUGAAAAAGUUGCGCCCAUUGGAGUUUACACGUCCGGUAAGGGGUCUAGUGCAGCUGGUCUCACAGCUUCGGUUAUGAAGGAUCCGCAUACGCGUAAUUUCGUUAUGGAAGGUGGCGCUAUGGUCCUCGCUGAUGGUGGCGUAGUUUGUAUAGAUGAAUUCGACAAAAUGCGCGAAGACGAUCGCGUUGCUAUCCACGAAGCAAUGGAACAGCAAACCAUUUCGAUUGCAAAAGCCGGUAUUACAACCACACUCAAUUCACGUUGCUCAGUGCUUGCGGCUGCCAACUCAAUAUUUGGGCGUUGGGAUGAUACAAAAGGCGAAGAAAACAUUGAUUUCAUGCCAACGAUUCUGUCACGUUUUGACAUGAUAUUUAUUGUGAAGGAUGUACACGACGAGGCUCGAGACAUCACUUUGGCGAAGCAUAUAAUAAAUGUGCAUCUGAGCUCGAACAAAUCAGCACCCUCCGAUCCUGCAGAAGGUGAAAUUUCUUUGUCCAUGUUCAAAAAAUAUAUCCAUUAUUGUCGCACACAUUGCGGCCCGCGACUAAGUGAAGCGGCUGGAGAAAAACUAAAAAGUCGUUAUGUUCUAAUGCGAAGUGGCGCUGGGCAGCAGGAGAAGUCUGCAGAUAAACGGCAUUGUAUUCCAAUUACAGUGCGGCAGCUGGAAGCUAUCAUCCGAAUUUCAGAAUCAUUGGCGAAAAUGCGUUUGUUGCCGUUUGCUACGGAUGAGCAUGUAAAUGAAGCACUUCGACUAUUUCAAGUAUCUACGCUUGAUGCUGCUAUGACUGGUAGCCUAGCUGGAGCGGAGGGAUUCACCACUGAGGAAGAUCAGGACACACUGAACCGUAUAGAAAAGCAACUCAAACGACGAUUUGCUAUCGGAUCUCAGGUUUCUGAGCAAAAUAUUUUGCAGGACUUUUUACGCCAAAAGUAUGAGGAACGAACUGUAAUGAAAGUUAUUCAUACGAUGAUUCGCCGAGGAGAACUUCAACAUAGGAUGCAACGGAAGAUGCUAUAUCGAAUUUGCUGAACAAGUACAAGUCUUGAUUUAUUAAUAUGGAACCUAUUU